CUCCAGUGCGCAUGCGGAAAUGUUGUACGGUUACGCUUGUUGGCUUGGGUUGAGUGAUAUCCGGCUCCCCGGUCAGUAGGAUGGUUUUGGGCAGGGGGUACAGCUGCUCGGACGGGAUAUCGCACAAGGGCAGGUAAUGAGCUGCGGGAAUGAGAAGCUGUCGGCGCAUGUUUUUAAGGUGCUUGCGCCUUGGGCACCGGCGGAAGUGUAGGUUCCUAAGCCGGAUCUUCGAUUACCUACGUUAUGGACGCCUUUGUGUUGUCUCCCUGUCCUACAACUCCUUCACCAACAGCGAUGUUGUCAUCGACUCCCUCUUUGAGCCUAUUUAUUGGUUGGUGGAUCACCUGACCCGGUGGUUUGGCAUAGUGUUUGUGGCUCUGGUGAUUCUGCUGACGAGCUCCAUCGUCUUGAUUGUAUACAUCUGCGUCCUGCCUCUCAUUCUGCAGACUUAUUCUACAGCAUGGAUAUGGUGGCAUGUCGGCUACGGACACUGGAACCUCGUAAUGAUCGUCUUUCACUAUUACAAGGCGAUUACUACUCCUCCUGGAUACCCACCCCAGAAUAAAAUAGAUAUACCUUCGGUGUCCAUCUGCAGGAAAUGCAUUGCACCAAAACCUGCGCGGACGCAUCACUGCAGCAUCUGCAGCCGGUGCGUUCUGAGAAUGGAUCAUCACUGCCCUUGGUUGAACAACUGCGUGGGACAUUAUAACCAUCGCUACUUCUUCUCCUUCUGCCUUUUUAUGACGAUGGGCUGUAUCUACUGCAGCAUCAGCAGCCGGGAAAUGUUUCGGGAAGCCUAUUCAGCUAUUGAGAAAAUGAAACACCAGAACAAGGAGAGCCUCCAGAUGGCGGCCAAUGAGACCUACAAUCAGACGCCACCCCCCACCUUUUCCUUCAAAGAGCGGAUGUUUCACAAAUGCAUCAUAUACCUCUGGGUUCUAUGCAGCUCGGUGGCAUUGGCGCUGGGUGCUCUCACGCUGUGGCACGCCAUGCUGAUUACUCGCGGGGAGACCAGUAUAGAAAGGCACAUCAACAAGAAGGAGCGGAAGAGACUGCAGGAGAAAGGAAAGGUAUUUAAUAAUCCAUAUAAUUAUGGCCGGUGCCAAAACUGGAGACUAUUCUUUGGAGUAGAAAGCGAACAGCACUGGAUCUCCAGAGUCCUACUACCAUCUUCCCACCCCCCUCAUGGGAAUGGUUUGACCUGGAAUGCUCCAUCAUGGAUAUCUACGAAGCAGAAGUCACUCCUUGCAAUAUGACUGCCAACAAGAUGAAUUGGCGUUGGAUGGCAGGCUUGGUAGUGCUGUGUAUGGAGAAGCUACCGCAGCUUUGCCUGACGUGCAGAAGAGCUGCAAUUUUCUCUGAAGAGCAUUAAAUCUCCAAACUUGAUGAAGACACUAAAUACUGCCCGUUGCCUGCAUACACAAGUGUUGGGAUACCGGUGUUUGUAAAUGUAAAGUCUGGUGAUAUACUUGACCGCUGCUGCUAUAGUUUUCUCUCUAAUGACAGAAUUAUUUGGUCUAAUACAGAUUGCUUUUAGAAAUAGACGAUUGAGAAUUCCUUCUGUUGCGUAACCAGACUCCAACAAGGCCAAAGCUGGAGGCACCAUCAUUUAAAAUAGACUUCAUCCUAUAGAUAUAUAUCUCUAGGGUCUGGUGACCACCACAGCUGCUUAUUUGGCCAAGACUAAUAAAAAAGGGAUAAGGACAAUUUAAGGAUGUAACGUAGCAGCCGAUAAGACUCCAUUGCCACUGAAAACCAAAAUAUAUUUGUUAGCCGUGCCCUUAAUAGAUGCACUCCACUUUCCUAAGAACUUUACAUCUACCACUCAAACACCAUUUUUUAAAGAACUACAAGUCAGGCUGUCUUGUUCCAAAAUCGUAACGCACCGUGUGCUGCUAUACAUUGCCUUCGCCUACGGAUUAGCAGUCCAUAUUCUAUUCACACCAUCCAUACUUUGUACAAAUUUAUUAAACUAUUUUCGUUUUGGUAAAUAACAUGGCAUCACGCGGUAAAAAGUUUUCCUCUGUAGAGAAGCCUUCGUAGGACAUCUGAUUUAAGUUAUUUUAGGAAAUUACUUUUUUUGUUACCGUUAUGCUACUGAUAAUGUGGUGUAAUUAAAAUCAGAAUAAAGCCUUUUACAAAACCCAUA